AUGAAACCUACAAUCAAUGAUGACGGCUGGAAGCCGGACCUCAAGUACGUGGGAGAGGUGGAGCAGGAACAGCAGCAGGCUCUCUUGGGCACUGAUGAGACUUCCGAAACAAGGAACAAAACAAUUGUGCAUCGCGUCCUGAAGAGAUGUCGCGGCCAAUGUCGAAAAACUCACCCCUUCUGGCGAGCUAUCCUAGGAUUUGUCUGGGCUGGCAUUCUGGUCUGGGGCCUUACACAAUUGCUCCACGGAUCAGACCCGUCGAAUGAAGCUCCCUCACGCCCAGCGUCCUCGCCCCCUACCUGUCAGACUCCUGAAUGCAUCCACGCUGCAUCGGACAUCCUAUACAGCCUAGAUCCAAAUUACGAGAAAAUUGACCCGUGUACCAACUUUGACCAGUUCGUCUGUGGUGGAUGGAGAGAGCGCCAUGAUAUGCGCUCAGACCAGGGCUCAAUCUUUGCUGGGACACUGAUGGAGGAUACUGUUCAAACUCGCCUCCGUCAUAUUUUGGAACGAUCGGAGGCCCCCGAGGCUAAUGAUACUGAAAACUUCAAGAAGCUGAAGGAUGCCUACGAUGCUUGUUUGGAUGAAUCUACUAUCCGAUCACGCGGCGUCCAGCCCUUGGUUGAAAUCAUGAAGAAGCUGCAAAGUAUAUAUCCUGCGGAUGAAAAUGCCCUUGGCACAGAAGCCAAUCUUACCGACGCCUUCCUGUUCCUCAUUCAAUCUGGUGUUGAGGCUUUGGCGUCUCUUAGUGUUUCCCCUGAUGAUCGGGAUCCUGAUAACGUUGCAAUUGUUGUAAGCGCGCCUAGCGAAAUUGGACUCUCCGCCCGUGAGUACUACAACAAUACGGAGACGGUCACAAAGUACACGACCGUUAUGAAGGAGAUCUUGCAGGAAUUCGACGUCAGCGACUUUGAAAAAAUCGCGGAGAACAUUGUCGCUUUUGAAAAGGAGCUGGCCGAUGUGACUCCGGAUACGGAGACACAGAGGAAUGUUACCAAUUCUUACAACCCACUCAGUGUCAAGCAAACUGAGUCCUUGGUGCCCGAGAUCUCCUUCACCGAUAUCCUCUCAGUGCUUGCACCGCACUACAAAACCGACCGCUUAAUUGUUGGGUCGCCUUCGUACAUGGAAGGCCUCUCCAAGAUAGUGAAGCAUACUUCCCGGCAGACCGUGUCUUUCUUCUUCCAGUGGAAAAUCAUCCAGACAUAUGCAGCCAGUAUCGAGGAUGAUAAGAUUUCCCCCCUUACCCGGUUCAAUAAUGAACUCGCCGGAAAAGACCCGCAGGCCAAGGAAGAGCGAUGGCGAAAGUGCGUUGUCGACCUGGAUUCGGGUCUUAGUUGGAUCCUGAGCCGAUUCUACGUUUUGGACUCAUUCUCAGAAGAGUCCAAGAAGCUUGGUGAUCAGGUUGUAUCGGAUAUCAAAGAACGAUUUGUCUUCACUCUGGAUCAGACUGCGUGGAUGUCUCCGGAUGUACGGAAGCUGGGUAUUCAGAAGGUGGAGAACAUUGUCCAGAAGAUUGGUUACCCAACCAAGAGUCCCAACGUCCUAGACCCACAGGAUGUGGAGAAGUACUAUGCCGCACUUGACGUAUCAAACACAACCUACUUCGAAAACGAGGUUGCCGUCGCGAAGUUUGAUCUUGUGAACGAGUGGUCCAAGCUGGGCAAACCAACCAACCGAGAUGAGUGGGAUAUGACCGCGUCAACUGUCAAUGCAUACUACAACCCCCCGGGGAACGAGAUCGUCUUCCCGGCCGGUAUCAUGCAGCCCCCCUCGUUUUGGGGUCCAUCAGUCCCCUUGUAUUUGACCUAUGGAGCCUUUGGGUCUGUCAGUGGCCACGAGCUCUCUCAUGCGUUCGACUCGACUGGUCGGCAUUACGACGAGACGGGCAACCAGACGAACUGGUGGGACGAUAAAACCGUCCAGGCAUUUGAGAAACGGGCGCAGUGUUUUGUAGACCAAUACGAUAACUACACCGUGGAGGGACCCGGCGGUAAAGUGUUGCAUGUGAAUGGACGCCUUACCCUGGGCGAGAACAUCGCGGAUGCUGGGGGCCUGACCGCUUCGUUCCACGCCUGGAAGAAACACGACGAUGCAAAGGCAGAUCUCCAUCUUCCCGGACUGGAUGACUUUACUAAGGAGCAGCUAUUCUUCGUUUCCUACGCCAAAGCCUGGUGUAGUAAGACUACUAGUGAGGCCGCCGAGCAAGCUAUCUAUACCGAUCCCCAUGCGCCCAAGUCUGCGCGGAUUAUUGAAACGAUGGCAAACUCCCGCGAGUUCAAGGAGGCCUUCCAGUGCCCGGAAAAGAAGCCGGUUUGCCAAAUUUGGUAG